AGAGCCCGCUCAGUCAGUCAGCUGGUCGAGGAUAAGACGAGAUAAAAACGAGCCAGAGGCGCGGGUGAGCGGCCGAGCAUCAACGGCACACUACUCGGCAACCAUGGCGCCAGCAGCUCUGUCCGCCCCCGUCCUUCGCGUCUCUCCCCACUCGGCCGGAAGGUCCACCGCCGCGGCCGCGCUCGCCGGCGGGCUCCGCUUCGGCAAGACGACCUGUCUGCACUCUAUCCAUUCUGGCAAAGCUGUGCUUCGGCUGCGAUCGAACGAGCUGUUGACACCGUUGGGACAGAGGAGGCCUUGGGCGCUAAGAAGCAGCGUGGAUGACUCCAAGGUCACCGACGAGAAGAAGGAGUUCGGGUACUCGAGGAAAGACGUGCUGCUGAUCGGCGUCGGCGUGACCCUCCUCGGAUACGGCCUCAAGUCAGGCCUCGAGUUCGUCGGCCUCGACCCCUUGCAAGCCGGCAACUUCGUGCAGCUGUUCGUCGUGCUCGGGAUGACGGUCGGCUGGAUCUCCUCCUACAUGAUCCGGGUGGCCAACAAGGACAUGACCUACGCCACGCAGCUCAGGACCUACGAGAAGCAAGUCAUGGAGAAACGAUUGGAGAGCCUGUCGGAGACCGAGCUGCAGGUUCUGCUGGAGCAAGUGGAGGAGGAGAAGGAACGCCUGCCGCCGGCGAGGGUUCAGGGCAUAACCAUCAACAGGAAGACGGAAGAUCAGACUACUGCCAACUAGCUAGAACGUACUACACCUUGAUUCUGAGAUUAGCCCAGUACACUGUUUAGGUUAGCUUUGCAUCUAAUAGCUGUCUCCCUCUGUUAAGGAUUUGUAGUGCAAGUACAAGUGCUCUUAGUUACAGAAAUGGGGUUCUAUACAUAUACCUUUUUCAUUCGAAA